AUGAAGGUUUCGAUUUACCUCCUUUUAUGUUUCACAGAGUGGACUCUUGCCGCUACUGUCUAUUUUUCGGCCCACUUGACUUGGGCCAACCACUCGGUGGCAGGCGUUGAGCGUCCGGUCAUCCUCACCAACGGCCAGUACCCUGGCCCCGAGUUACGCUUGAAUCAGGGAGACGAUGUGGUUUUUGACGUGUAUAACGAUUGUCCAUUUGGCAUGACGGUGCACUUUCAUGGGAUUGAACAGAUUGGAACACCAUGGUCGGAUGGGGUGCCUGGACUAUCACAGCGCGCUAUCGAAACAGGUGCUGCCUUUCGUUAUCGCUGGAAGGCAGAUCAGUACGGUGCUUACUUCUAUCAUGCUCAUCAUCGGGGUCAUUUCGAGGACGGUCUGUACGGUCCGAUAUACAUCGCCCCUUCACGUACUGUGACCAAGCCGUUCAGCCUCAUCUCAAGUAGUUUCAUUCACCAACAGGCCAUGAAACUUGCUGAAAUUGCGAGCUCGCCUUUAUUCUUGUCGGAUUGGCGCCUGUUGACUUCCGAACAAAUCUGGAAUGCCGAGGAAGCUUCCGGCGUUGACGCAUUCUGCGCGAAUGCUCUGCUCAUCAAUGGCAAAGGCUCAAUGACGUGCUUCUCGCAAGACCAGAUCAAUGAGUUGACAACGCCUGAGCAAAAAGCUGUUCUGGGUGACGAGACCUUGACUGAUAUAGCUUGCUUCCCGCCAAACGUUGGGCAGGGAGAUUACCCUCACAAUUACAGUGCACUACUACCGACGAUGUUCUAUGGAUGUAACCCGAGUCAAGGUCCACGGCAUGUAAUUGAUGCAGAUCCAGGUCGCAGAUACAUCAGCUUGGAUCUCACCAGCGCAGCCGGGGUGAUUGAUCCAGUCUUCUCCAUCGACGAGCACUUUAUGUGGGUAUACGCCGUAGAUGGACGAUACAUCCAACCGGUCAAAGUCAACGCUCUCACCAUCCCCAUCGGUAACAGAUACUCGGUCCUUGUGCCUCUCGACAAGACCCCAGGGGACUACACUGCCCGCUUGGUCAGUGGGAGUAUUCAACAAAUUCUUAACACCACAGCUAUUCUACACUAUCAAGCCCCCGACUUCCUACGCAGGCCAUCAAGGCCAUGGAUCACGCUGACAGGUACCAACGCGACGGCCAACACCGUCUUCUUCGACGUGACCAAAGCCCAACCUUACCCCCCGAUUGCUCCGUCCACCAACAUCGCAGCGACUCACAUCCUGACAAUCCGUCGCUUCGGCGCAUCGUACCGCUGGACGCUCGGAAACAGCAGCUACGAUCUUGAAUUGGAAGAAUCCCAGCCCUUACUCUUUAAUCAGACCGCCAUUCCCAGCGACUUGAUCGUUCGCACCAACAACAACACCUGGAUCGAUCUUAUUAUCCAAGUCGAUUCACCUGCUCAGCCGGCGCAUCCAAUCCAUAAGCACUCCAACAAACAUUUCGCAAUUGGUCAAGGUCUCGGGAAUUUUACAUGGGCAUCGGUCGCGGAAGCGAUGCAAUCAAUUCCUGAAUCAUUCAAUUUGAUCAAUCCGCCCAUUAAAGACACAACUCCGACUCCUGCCACGGGCACUGGUCCCAGUUGGCUGGCUCUUCGGUAUCAUGUUGUGAAUCCCGGAGCUUUUCUGUUACAUUGUCAUGUGCAGAUUCAUCAGAGUGGGGGGAUGGCCUUGGCCUUGUUGGAUGGAGUCGACGAAUGGCCCACUGUACCUUUGAAAUAUUUGAAUAAUUCAGGGUUCUAG